UCACAUCAUCCGACGUAUCGUAACUGCGGGCGCCAGCAAGCCCGAGACACCCGAGUCUCGAAGGUUGCCGCUGACGAAUGACGAUCCGCGCUAACAUGCAGUCUUUGCUCGAGCCGUCACAGCACUUCUCAUUAUUUUGAUACGUCAUACAUAGUAAAACGGCUUGCGACAACAAAAGGCGUCCGAACGACUUAUUUCUCUUCAGUAGUUUUCGCAAAUGACAAGUCCAUGAACCCUGGUUACUACGAGGAUCCUAGCUUAUUCCAGUUCUUACAGCAUACGCAUUAUAACCAGUACCAAGUCUUCGCCAACGUUCCGCGCCCGGCUCAACAGCAGUCUCUAGCAGCGCAAGCUCCGCAGCAACCCAAUCCUUAUCAACAACCAAGGAUGCAACAGCAACCAGCAGUCUACGGAGCACCCGGCUCCUUUGCCGGGCGACGGGCUAUGCAGCCCCCAGGGGGCGCCUCCUCAAUAUCUUUCGGAGGUGGCGGUGGCGACUACGGGACCUCUUCUAACUACGGCGCGAACGCAGCCGGUGGCUAUGGGGGUGCGGCAGCCUAUGGCGCGGGCUAUGGCGGCGGCGGCGCUGACCUGUCUUCCCAGCUCAACCUGCCGGGCGGCAUGCGGCGGCCGCCCUCCGCCGGUCGGCGCGCCAACGCGCAAUCUGCAGGGUCAGCGGGCGGCUACGGCGGCGGCUACGUGCCGUCCGCCUCCCCGUACAGCGCUGGCGGGUACGGUGGUGGCGGUGGCAGCAUCCUCAGCACGCCCGGCCUGGGCGGAGCGGGCGGUUACGGCGGCGCGUCCGCUGGCUCGUAUGGCGCCGGCGGCUAUGGCGCCACGCCGAGCAGCAGCAGCUACGCCUCGCCGUACAGCGCAGGCGGUUACGGUGGCGCGUCAUCGUACGGCAGCACGCCGGCGGCUGGCGGCAGCUCGUACGGGACGCCCAGCUCGUACGGCCCUGCUGGCGGCGCAAUGAGCCCCACUGGCGCCGCGGGCGGCGGCUACGGCGCCAGCAGCUACGGCGGCGCGGGUGGGUACGGCAGUGCGGCGGGUAAUGGGUACAGCAGCUACGGGCAAAACAGUGCGUACGGCGGGGCCUCGGGAGGCGGCUACGGCGGCGCGGCCAGCAGCGGCUACGGCAGCUACGGGCAAGGCAGUGCCUACGGCGCAUCGGCAGGGGCUGGGUACGGGCAACAGCAACAGCAGCAGUCAGGGUACGGGCAGCAGAGUGCGUACGGGCAGCAGAGUGCGUACGGGCAGCAGGGGGCGGCAGGGGGCGGCUACGGGCAGGGUGGCGGCGGCGGCGGCGGCUACGGCGGCGCUCCCAGCCCCAAGGCCGAGUUUGUUCCGCACAAGGGCGCGUUCUGCGGCAAGAUCGUGAUGCAGCCGCCCGGCGGCAAGACCUCCAUCAACCUGUUUGGGUAAUGGGUGCUCACGGCUGCCAUUGGCAGUGCUGUGCCUAGCAGCUUUGGAAGCAGGCGCAGCCAGCCACGCCACGUUACCGACAAAGUGACGGGUUUGGUACAUUUCUUUUGCAUGAAUGUUGGAAAGGUUGGGUGGGCGUGCGUGAGCACACCGCAGGUCAGGCGCUGCGCACUUCAGCACAUGCCCAAGCGGAUGGUGGCAGGCUUGACUGCUCUCGCAGUGUUGUAUUGAUUUGCACUAUGCAGGUAGUGCUUGUUUGGCAGGUUUAGCAGGUUUGUACGCUGUCAAGGCAACGUUCGUUUUGCUUUAGGGCUUGCGCUUAAUGGUUCAGGAUGUCCGGUAUGUCCUCUUGAAUGAUUCCUUGGAUGUCGUGUGCAGCUCUAGGGCUUAAGUGAAGCUCCAGUUGGUGGCAGUCCUCACUUACUCGGUGACACGCCUGAACACCUGUGACGUGCAUGAAUUUGCGAGGGCGGCAGCACGCGCGAGGACGCGGCAUUUUGGUUGUUGCUGAACGCCGUCGGGGCUCUGGCCACCCCGCCGGCGGCGGGUUGGUACGCGUCAUGCAACAAAGGGAUUGUGAUUGCGGGCGAGUGUGUAUAAGUGUGUAAGCUGCACGCUUGCCUGGAUGAUGCCAUGCGUCCUUGCGCCACGACUCCGGGGUAAGCUGGGCGGAGCUGUGGGAAUGAUGAUGAUGAUGUAUUACAGGGUUGGAAGCGUGCGUUGCUUCUCCCACAAGGGCUCCUCAUCUCUCCUAUCAACAUCUAUGCCAG